UGCACUGUUACGUCAAAAUAAAGUAGUGAAAAGGUGCAAAUUGCGUGCGAGUUAAAUAAAAACUAUUUCCUAGGGCGGAAAACGUGUUGCAAGUGGCUUUUUGAGAGUGGACCAGUGAUUGUGGAACAUGAGGACACUGGCGGCAGGCAGAAGGUAGUGGCUGCCAAGCGGAGCAGCCCUUAUCAAAAGAGGCUUAAGUCUGGAGCGAACCCAAAAAUAGCGUGCCUGCGACAGGUAAACAGGGGUAAUCUAAAAAAUAGCCCCCGACCCCUGAAAUCCAGUGGCUGCCAAACUGUACACGGUGAUAUAUCCACCAAAAACACAGUUUCAAGUUCAAGCCGAUCUUUGAGCUUCGUAUACGAUCGUUUUCACCUCACAACCGGAUAUUCACCACACCUGACGGCGCGCACGCGCAUCAAUUCGAAAAAUCCACAAAAAGCGAAAACACUUCGCUGGAGCUGCUGAAGCAAAACGCAAGCAAACCGCGCUUCGCUGUCGCCACGAAAAUCGCCUGUAGUCCACCCCAAAAUCGAGCGUUUCUAAAAUCCUGCGAUCCUGCCAAAAUAUAAACAAAAAAAACCUUUUAUAAUGCGGUUCACCUGUUGAAUUCUGUGCCUGUGUCUCGAUCAAAGCGUACAAUUCUUACCGAAAAAACAAAGAAUUUAAAACCCUUACCCAAUUAGAAAAACCUUUGUUAAUAAAACUAAAAACAAAAUGGCCUGUUUGAGCACUUCCGGUCGCGUCGUGUGCGUUUCGCGUCGCCAGCAGACACACAAGUUGCUAUAUCAACUUUUUGGAUCCCGCCCAGGACUUACAAAUCCAUCCCCAUCGACCGGAUUUAAUCCACCCAAGGUUCAACUGCAGGCCAUGCGACUUUUCCAUGGAUUAAGCUUUAGCAUGGGCAAGGAUUAUCCAGAUUUGCUGCAAAGCCCCCACAAAUGCAGUAACAGUCUGAAGUACUCCCAAUGCUCCAAGGCGAAUGUGAGACAGCACAGCUCGGUCCACACACAACAGCCAGCUGGACCUGUAAGGGAGUUCCAGAUCGAUCCCUACAUCAUUCUCGACGAUGACCUUAAGUACUUCUACGACGACGUGAGAUAUCUGCUUAAAUCGGGAACAUCCCAACCAGAGUUGGACACCAUUGCGAGCUAUUAUUUUGAUGGCCAGGGAAAGGCGCUGCGACCCAUGGUGACCAUGCUGAUGGCCAAGGCGAUAAACUAUCACCUGAACAACGAGUCACACCAAUUAGUACACAAACAACGACAGAUCGCCCUCUUUUCGGAGAUGGUACACUCGGCCAGUUUGGUUCACGACGAUGUCAUUGAUCAGUCGGACUUCCGACGCGGCAAGCCCAGCGUGAAUGCUCUAUGGAAUCAUAAAAAGGUCACAAUGGCUGGUGAUUAUAUCUUAUCGAUUGCCUCGAUUAUGAUAGCUCGUCUGCGAAGCGAUGAUGUGACGAUCGUGCUGAGUCAGAUCUUGACCGAUUUGGUCCAAGGCGAGUUCAUGCAGCUGGGCUCAAGAGAAACGGAAAACGAGCGAUUCGCCCAUUAUCUGACCAAGACAUACAGGAAGACCGCUUCGCUGAUCGCCAAUGCACUGAAAGCGACCGCCGUGAUUGCCCAGGCCGACGACAACGUUGCCGAGGUGGCCUUCCAGUACGGGCGUAACAUCGGUUUGGCCUUUCAGCUGGUCGACGACAUGCUGGACUUUGUCUCAUCCACCGAGCAGAUGGGCAAGCCGACGGCGGCGGAUCUGAAACUGGGAUUGGCUACCGCCCCCGUUCUCUUUGCAUGCGAAAAGUACCCCGAGCUGAAUCCCAUGGUGAUGCGGCGCUUCAGCGAGCCCGGCGACGUGGAGCGUGCCUUCGAGCUGGUGCACAAGUCACACGGUCUGGAGCAGACCCGAUUCCUGGCCAAAAAGCACUGCAACGAGGCGAUACGGCUGGCCCAGGAACUCACGGAAUCGCCCUACCAGAAGGGCCUUCAGGUGGUCGCCGAUUUAGUCAUCAACCGCAUGAAAUAGAGCUAACAUAAUAAUAUAAAUAUUACACCUACACGUAAUGCAACAAUAACAAUAGUGUUAUGUAGGCCACACACUUGAUGUUUCGGUUAAGUUCUGUUCAGCCAGCGGACUAAAUUUGCAAACAAGAUUUAUUAUUUAGUUUUUAGGCAUUUGUUGUUGACACUGUAAAUAAUUGCAUAAACAAACCUAAAUAACGGCAACGUUCACUGUACAUAAAUACGAGAUGUUCAAUGAAUUUUUAACAAAUUUUAUAUGCAAUGUUUUUUCUGAAAAAUGUAUUUAUACAUAAAGCGCGAAAUUGAGCAAGAAAGCCAACAAUAAGAAAACGAGAAAAUUGUACAAAUAUUUCUUCAAAAUAAAAGAAAUUAAAAAGAAACUCGGAAUUAAGCAUAAAAGAUAAUGAGGAAAAAUGUUUAUUAGUCAAUGCAACAAAGAAAACCAGUGUGUAAAACGAUAUUUAUGAUAACAAGCAUGAAGAACAUAAAACGUUUAGUUUAUAUUAAAUUCUUAUUUAAGGUAUUUCAUGCCUAAAUGGUUCAAUGGUAAAUGAUUGCACUUUUCAAAACAUCUUCUGACAGCACAUAUAUGUAAUUAAAAUUGGAAAACUAAGCUGGAUAAAAAAAAAUAUUUUGAACCAUUCGCGCAUGAAAUGCACAUUACAAUAUGUUUUAUAAGGAAUUUUAUGAGGAUUGUACGUGAAACAAUGCUGCCCAGUCUUAAUUUUAAAUCCUUUCUUUUCCGCCUCUAAUGCAAUAGUAAUUUAUAAGACAUUUAACACAAAAUCGAAAAGCAAACCCCCAUUUCGGAAUGCCCUAAAAAUCUAUCUAUUUAAUUUAAGA